AUCCGUAAUGUGAUAAGAUACAAAAUCAGGUUUACAUGACGGGCCCGAAUAGAUUUUCCUCUUAUUUAGCACCUGUGCAGUAAGCGUCAGUCAGAGUUAAUUGGACCUGUGAACUUUACAUACCCAUCUCAAAAAGUGACUAGGAUGGAAAUAAUUUUCAGAAUUUCUUUGGUUUUGCUUCUACAUUUCUUUGUGGCGACUGAAGCAUCAGAUUCGCCAUUGGUAAAGAUAGCUCAAGGAGAAGUUGAAGGAGUACAUUUAAAAUCCAGAGAUGGGAAAACGUAUUCUGCAUUUAUGGGAAUUCCGUAUGCCAACAAACAGGAAAAAUUUGAGUUAGCAGAACCAGUGUCCAGUUGGGAUGGAAUUAAGGACGCCACAAAAUUUGGAUCUGUGUGCCCUCAAUGGAACUUAUUCAGGAACAAAUUUGAAGGCGAUGAAGAAUGUUUAUUUGUUAACAUCUUUACACCAAACGUGCAUGCAAAUUAUCCUGUGAUGGUAUUCAUCCACGGAGGAGGAUUCUUCUUUGGAAAUUCUAAUGAAAACGGAGCAGACUAUUUCAUGGAUGAAGAAGUUGUCUUUGUAACGAUAAACUAUAGAUUAUCCGCCUUAGGAUUUUUGAGCACCGGAGACAGAGCCCUGCCAGGAAAUCUGGGAUUAAAAGAUCAACGUUUAGCUUUACAAUUUAUUCAACAGAAUAUCAAGUCAUUUGGAGGCGAUCCCAAACGUGUAACUUUAUUUGGCGAGUCUGCGGGUUCAGCAAGUGUAAAUUACCACAUUCUUUCUCCUGGGUCUGCAGACCUAUUUCAAAGCGCGAUUUGUCACAGCGGAUCAUCACUAAAUGCCUGGGCGUUGAGUCCAGAUCCUAAAAUACCGGCUUUUGACCUUGCCAAGAAGUUGAAUUGUCCAACUACCGACUCUGCUGGGUUGAAAAAAUGUUUAAAAUCUAAAUCUAUCAAUGAAAUAUUGAAACAUUCAAUAGUUGAGAAUCCACUAGAAAAUUUGGUAAAAUUCGCACCUGUCGUAGAACUACCAAGUCCGCACGCUGUUAUUACCGAGCAUCCGGAAGUGCUUUAUAAGACGGGACGAUUCAACAAGGUGCCACUGGUUAUGACCAUUUGUGAAAAGGAAGGACUCCUCAUCAAUUCUGGGCUGAUCAUGAAAGAUGAAAAAUUGCUUGCUGAAGUCAACGACGAAUGGAUGGAGCACGCACCCUCAUAUUUCCUAUACGAUGACCCCAACGUUUCUAAAGACGCUAAAGAUAUCAUUUCCAAAAGAAUUUACAAGUUUUAUUUCGGCGAUAAGAAAAUAUCGCAAGAAACGUUUGACAAUUUAACAAACCUUUACUCCGAUAGCUUUUUCAUUCACGAAAUUCGAAAUACUAUCCUACUCCAUGCCAAGCAUGCACCAGUUUACCCAAUCAUUCUGGGGUUUGAGGGGUACGAAUGGUCACAACUGAUGCGAUUUGGUUAUGAAAAGCCACUAGGAAUGACCCACGCAGACGACCUGCCAUUUCUCUUCAAUUAUGAGUUGUACCCUAAAUUUGUACCGAAAUCUUUUCCUGAAACGACAUCAAAAUAUUUUGUUAAGGCCUGGGUCACAAUGGCCACGCAGGGGAAUCCAAAUAUUAACCAGCAAGUGGAAGGAUGGGCUCCUGUGAGUAAAGAUGAAAUCAAGAAGGGAAAACUCAAGUGGCUUUUGGCUAAACGGGUCCCAAAAAUUAUUGAAGAUCCAUUUUACGAGAGGAUGAAUAUGUGGGAUAAAGUUAGCAAGAAGUUAAAGGCACAAAAGAAGAAGAGGGAUGAAUUGUAAAUUCGUGUCACACCCAAAAAGUCGAUGAAUUUACAGUACCUUUACAAGAAUUUUACAAAAAUGUUUAAUAAAACCCUGGUAUAUUUAUUGCGUCCAAAAAUAAAACCUUUUAAUAAUUCAAAGUAAUAA